AUGGGCACUACCUGGCGGAGUCCGGGGUGGGUGCGGCUCGCGCUCUGCCUCGCGGGUUUAGUGCUCUCUCUCUACGCGCUGCACGUUAAGGCGGCGCGCGCCCGGGACCGGGAUUACCGCGCGCUCUGCGACGUGGGCACCGCCAUCAGCUGUUCGCGCGUCUUCUCCUCCAGGUGGGGCCGUGGCUUCGGACUGGUGGAACACGUGCUGGGCAAAGACAGUGUCCUCAAUCAAUCCAACAGCAUAUUUGGUUGCAUCUUCUACACACUGCAGUUGUUGUUAGGUUGCCUGCAGAGCCGCUGGGCAUCUGUUCUACUGAGGUUGAGUUCCUUGGUGUCUCUAGCUGGUUCUGUGUACCUGGCCUGGAUCCUGUUCUUCGUGCUCUACGAUUUCUGCAUCGUUUGCAUCACUACUUAUGCCAUCAAUGUGGGCCUGAUGGUGCUCAGUUUCCGGGAGGUCCAGGGACCCCAGGGCAAGGUCAAGGAGCACUGA